AUGUCUUCACAGCGAGGCUUCCCCCUCCUCUCCCUCCCAAACGAACUCAUCGUCGCGGUCGCCCAACAACUCACGGAGAUCACAGACCUACACUCCCUCAUGCUGACAAACAACCGACUAUCCACGCUCCUACCGACAGUCCUGCACAUGCACGCCGCGAAUUCCACACUCUCGCUAGCAGCACUCUACUGGGCAAUCUCCACGGGCAACAAAGCCAUGACCACCUUUCUGCUGCAAAAGUCCACUCAGGUCCUCACAAUCCGCACCCCGUCACACACGAUCCUCCACAGAACCCCGCAUCCCUGCCCCACGAAAACCCUCUCGCUCAUCCUCGUGCACGGGGGGGCGAUACAAGUGGAGGAGGAAGCAACAGGCCGUACACCCCAGCACUUCGCCUGCAAGUACGCGCGACCCAACCUACUCUCCCGCGUGUUGGCCUUCGGCGCAGCGGUGGAGGCGACGGACCACGAGGGCUGGACGCCACUGCACGUUUCGGUCAUAUCGCGGCGCGAGGACCAGGCGUGUACGCGGGUGUUACUCGCGCACGGCGCGGACCUAUCGGCACGAGAGCGCACGCGGCUACAGCGCACGCCGUUGCACUUUGCGACGAAGAGCGUGCGCGUGGAGGAGCUGCGGGAGUUUCUGGACCAAGCGGCGGCCGGGAGGGGGGACGUUGAGGUUGACGUUGUUGAUGGGAAUGGUCAGACGCCGUUGCAUUGGGCUGCCGGGAUGGGGAGGGCAGGAGCUGUGGAAGUUUUGCUGAAGAGGGGCGCGAAUGUUGGGGCUAGGGAUGGGAGGGGCAUGACGGCAAUGCACCUUGUCGCUAGGGGCCCGUACGUUUCCAGGUUGAGGGGGAAGUUUGAAGCUGUCGCUUGGCUGCUCAUUCGUCGCGGCGCGGAUGGGACGAUUAGGGAUAGGAGUGGGAAUCGGGUUGUGGAUGUUUUGGAGGGGAGGAGGAGGCCGGCGGUGCCAGAUCUCGAGUGAGGGAUUGUGAUUCGUUUUUUCUUUGCCCGCUUUCGGGUGGGGGUCAGGCAUAUUCUUGAUUUCCAGUUUCUUAUCAUCUUGACCGACCACCCUCCCACUUCUUUCGCUUAAUGCCCCAUCCCUGCCGCUCUGUAUGAUACCUUGGUUAUUUGCAUUGACGGAAAGUACCCGCAAGAUAUGAUACGUUGACAUCAUGCAAUCAGCGCUCUCUAAACCCCCCAAGAGCCCGUAAACUAAUGCCUGACGCAUUUACCGGUAGGCAUAUCAGUCAAGCAGCACGCAAAAACCAACAUCAAAUCUCUUCAGCAUGCUAGAGAUAGAUAGCCAUGGUAUCAUACUCGAAAAAGCGCCCUUGACAAAGUGAGGAGGUUACACGUAUCGCGAAGGGAGAGAGAGCUGGGAACGUCUCGUGCGAUAAGCAAGAUCUCACGAGAUAUUAUUUGGGAAUACCGCGGGGUAGCUCGCCGAGGGAUCACUAAGGAUAGGAAGAACGCAACGUCCGUCCUGGUGAGGCGGAAAAGGUUUUGAUUAUCCAAGAGGAUUUUCAUACCGCAAUGAGGAUGGAUGAAUUGUGUACUAAGGAAAAAAAAAAAAAAAAAAAGAAUACCGAUCUAUGGCUAGCAGCUCACUAUAUGAUACUUGAGUGCUGUACGAUCUUGGUGACAGAAUUCAUGCCCCUCCUCCUCUUACACCAAAAAUGGACAUUUUCAGCUUGCAAAUCUCAGCCUUAUCGCUUUGCAAAAAUAAAAUAGAAUAAAAAUAUGAAAAUUCACAAGAACUUUUAGAGUCAUCCGGAUAUCCUCACUCAUAUGUGACAAACUCUAUUAGUCAGUGCCCAUGGCUC